ACUGAAUACGGUCUGAGGAGUUUAAGCCAACUCCUGCUCAUCAGUGCUCCUCUGAGCUUUUCCAAGCAUUUGCACCAUGUAUGCAUUUUUCAAAGAAGUUCUGAACCCUCUGCCUCUAGUUGCUUCGUAUACAGAGGCAGCAAAGCGUUCACUUACCUUUGCAGGGUCUAUAAUGUUGAAUGUGCUGCUUCUAGCUGGUGGUAUUUUUAUGUCCAGCCAAUUGAGGCAACUUGAUCACAGGAACUCACAGUUAGCUGAUCAUGUGCUGUCUCUCACAAAUAAGCUGAUGAAAAAUGAAUCCAACAUAUGCAGAAACAAGAAGGCCAAUGAAGAGUUACGAGAAGCCCUCCGUAUUCAUGAAGAUACUUUAAAACAGCACUGGGCUCAGGUUGAGCACAUUCACAAACAGAUGAAUGGAAGAGACACUGAGAUUCACAAACAUGUAAGAAUAAACCAAAAACUGCGAUGGGAAUUAGAUGCCAUCAAACAAUGGAUACGAGAUGGUCAGAUGGAGAAGAACACCUUCUUGAAAAAACUGGAAAGUGCAAAAAGCAAGCAGAUGAAAUCUACAGAAGAAGGAGAGGAGUUCCGAGCAGAAAUUGUGGGAUUAGUAGAUGAGGUUCUGGAUGUGAUGGAGGGAGAAAACAAAUCUGAGGAAGGGAGAUCAUUUCACAAUGAAAAACAAAGGAUGCAUCCACCAGUCAGCUCCUUGCCACAACCCAUUCCCUCAAGACAAGACAAGUACUUCUGCCACACUAACCUCAGCACUGGAGUCCACAACGGAGGGAGACCAAAAAAAAAGAAAAAAGGAACCCGAGAAAUGUAGGUCCGCUGUACAUAAGAACUACGAAUCAGACAUGUCUGAGGAUGAAAAAGGAUCCUUACUGCAAAAACAUUCGAUGAAGAACUCUGUUAAACAACCCAAACGUUAGUGUGGAUCUAUGUAGCUUUGUGUAUUACAAUCUGAUAAAACUGCACACAUCUAUACUGGUAAAAAGAAAAAUUGGAGUUAACAGUAAAUUAAUAGAGUACACACCCUGGGAUGGACAGUCGCGUCCUGUCCAGAGAUUGUUCCUGCAUUGCAUCAGAUGCUUUCUGGGAUGGACUCCAGCAUCCCCAUGGCCCUGCCUAGAAUUGGAAAAUGGAUGGAUGGACUAAUAAGAGUACAAAUCAUUGAAGUAUUUAAAGAUUUUAGGUCUCAUUUAAAAACACUUUACAUGG